CCAGCUCGACCGUCCAAUCCGCCACAUCCCAGAGCAAUUCAGUCAUCCGCCGCCAUGAACUUGAUCACUCUGCUCAUCGCCUCCAUUGGCUUCGCCGCCGCCGCUCUGAACAUCACUUCACCACAGUUCUACCUGAAGAUCGACUCGCAGUCUCGAACCAGUCAAUUCAAUGAUCUCUGGCUGGCCUCCUACCACACCGGUGCUGGCCUCAACGAUGUCGUCUUCUCCGCAGGCCAGCCAGGCAUUGAGGGUAUCCAAAAGGGUUUCUUCAACGCCACGAAUGUCACCGGUAGCGACAACCUCCUCUUCGAUCUUGGCAACGACUUCGCCUGGGGCCUGAAGAUGGUCCCCAACCAGCAGUUCUAUGCUGCCUGGCAGCCAGUGGAACUGAACGCGGGCGUGAGUGGCAGCGAAGAGGAUGUCUCGGGCUUCUUCAUGAGCAAUACCGGCUUGCAGUGGAACAGUAGCAGCUUUGGUGGCUGGAUCGUCUGCGACUGGUGGCACGGCGCUCCCCAGCUGUUCUUCCGCAUCGCAUCAUACACGAAAUCGUGGUACCCGGCGCCUGCUAGCUGCGCAGACGUCUUUCUGGUUCCAGAGUACGUCUAGGAGAACGGCACUAUAACGGCUGGAGGCUCCUCGUGCGCAUGAUAGCUUGUCAAGCGCAUUUGCAGCGUCACUAUCAUGACAAGAAGGGAUUACGAGCGCAGCCAGACGCAUUGAUAAGCAGUAGUGUACAGAUGUAAUCACUUUUGAUCUGCUUGGACGAGUCUCGCGGCGCGGAAUCGCUGCAACCGCAGUACUCCCCGAAUCACAGACGCGAGAAUGCUUGCUACAGAGCUGUGGCAUCUGCUUCUCAUAGCGGAUAAUGCUUCGUAAUCAAUUGUGUUCA